AUCUGGGGAAGAGUUGGUUGGAGGAGGUUAUGGAGGAUUUUGAGUUAUUGCGAAGGGAGAAAAGAAGGCGGAAGGCUAAGCUAAAGUUCUUCGGUUUGGAUGUUGUUCCAAACGUUCCCGAUUUCAAUAAAGAAGGGUUGGCCGAUGUAAUCUCUCUUCGAAUUCGUAAUCAUGAUGUUGCUGCUUGUUAUAUCAGAUUUUGAUUACCAGGGUUUUGAUGUGAAUAACUCUUGUUAUCCGUCUAGACUAGUUAAGUCUACUUGGGGCGAUGACUAUGACAUCGCCCUUUAUGGUAGACUUGGACUCCACUGCCACAAUUUUCAGAAGGGAACAAACUUCAAGUUUGUGCGCUGGGAAAAGUAUAGUGUUAUCUCUACUGCAUACGACUACGUCUAUGUAACUUUGGACGCCAAGGAUCCUGUCUCUGACUCGGUCUUCUCUUUUCAGACCUUGUUAAACGAAGAUUCUUCUCCAGACCGUCCUGUUAUGUGGACUACCUUAGCCUGCAGAAUCAAAUGUGAAAAUGCUGCGGAUGAUCAUUGGGACGAUAAGGCAGUAGAUGAUUUCUACAAAGAUGGAAUACCCAAAUGGUCGUCUGAUGAAGAAUUGUCUCGUGGCAAGAAAAAUUAUUAUGUGGUGCAAGAAUCAGAGUUGCAGGAGAAUGAUUGGCUGUAUCUAUUCACCGAAAUUGCGUUCUACUCAAAAACAAAUAACGUGUUGACUGCUCCCCCACCCUUGGAGAUUGAGAAGGUGGUUGUAGUAACUAAAGAAGACACAGAAGAAGGCCAUGAGAAGCUGAAAGCCCAUAAUGCAAUCUUCUACGUAAGUUACAAGUAUAAUGGUGAAUCUUCAGAAUGGGCGGGUGAUCACAGCGCGGUAAUAAGGAAAACCAGGGAUGGCAAGCCAGGACAUAUGUAUAUUGAAGUUGCAGCAACAGCAGAUUGAACUGAAGAAGAAGAAAAGAUUGAUAGGGAUCUGCUCUUUUACAAUACCUAUCAUUAACGCUAUUAAGCUGAAGAAAAAGAACAAUAGACAGAACUGCGGAUCUACUCGUUUAUAAUUUCUAAGGCUAUUUACUAAUUCUGUCAUGAUAUGUUAAAUGUUUUAUGUUGUGUUUGUCUAAAACUAUUUGGACUAGAACGAGUUGGAUCUAUUAUCAUCGUUAAGGAGAGAUUUCUGUUUGUAAUGCAAUAAUUAGUAUGAGAACGAAUGGUUCAUUGAUCUGUUA